CCUCCCUCUCCCCCUUUUGAUGAGGGAAAGGGCGGCAGCGUUUGGGCAUCCAUCUGCCAAAGGGAAGAGGGAGGCUGGCUGGCGGGAGCAGAGGCAAAAGCUAAGGCGAACCUGGAUGGAACAAGCCACUUGAGCCGUUUGUCGAGUCUGUGCCAUGAAGCUGAUUCUCUCUGGCUCUUUGUCUCCCCUCAGGAUACCUCUGUUUGCUCUUCCCCCUCUUCUGUCUGCCCUCCUUUAUCUUCUCCUCCUCCUCCUCAGAGUUGGAAGAGAGGGAAACAAUUUCACUGCAUUUUGAAUCCAGGGGUAACUUAGCCAUCCAUCCUUUUGCCUUGGAUUCUUGAUUCUGCCAGAGCAUACUUCAGAUCGUGGCUGAAAGGGAAGCUGAACAAACUGAAUCAAUUCAAGAUGCCUCCUAUUAUGCUGGUGACCUGUUUGUUAUAUCCAGAGGAAGUGUUCAACUUCAUGAAGAUGGUUGUAUGUGUGAGUGAGAGAUAACCUUUCUCCUAGUACCUUGUAAAGGAAAAGAAAAUAAUACAUCCCCUACCUCAGACAGAGAUUAGUCCUGCCUUCUCCAUCAGAAUCCUCUGUGAGAUGGAAUGGAUGUGGGUGAAGCCCAGUCCUCACAAAGAAUAGAACCUGCACUGCUGUUUCAUUCUUUCCUGGACUGUGAGUGCUUUGAAUAUGCAUACCAUGUGUCUUAACACAUUAAGACACAUGGCUACUAAGUAAUUUAUUGUUGCUACCACAUUCUCCCUUUACUAGGGAGGGUUAAAGGAUUGGGAAGAUUCACCAAAUUCCUUUCCUCAUCAUUUUUAGGCAUGCAUUGAAUAUCUUCCUGUUUUAUUAUCUCAUUGGUUGGUUUUUAAAAGGUUGUUCUCUUUAUUUUUUUGUUGUGUUGUAUUUUCUGUAAAUGUUUUUGUUUGAAAUUUUGCAGUUGUAAUGACUUUAAUACCUUGUGCCUCUUAGUGAAGACUUUGCUAUGAAAAGUGUGGUAUAAGCAGUGUUGGCUGAUGCUUUUCAAGACUGGAAAGGCAGGGUGACCAGUUGCGGGUGAAGCCAAAGUCAAUGUGCCAAAAAUGAGCCGUGGAUAUUCAGAAAACAAUAACUUCCCAUAUGACAACAAUCAGAUGGUUUUGGAUAUGAUCCUCUGUUCUUUAUUUGGGGUUCCUCAGCCUAUCAACUGGGACAAUGUGGCAAGGCUGGUGCCCGGCUAUUCAUCCAAAGAGUGUGCUAAACGGUUUGAUGAACUGAAAAACAGUGGAAAUUCACUCAUUGAUAACCAGUACAGUCCAUUGUUGGCAAGUGGUGACAGACCUGUGGAAACACUAGCUAGUUAUAUCAAAUCAUCACUGCUUGAUGCUCAGGAAGAGUUACAAGAACUACCUAGUGAAAAAGAUACCAUUUCUGGAAAUGGAAGGCCAAGUGUAGCUUCCUCAAGGAGUUGCUCUUCAGAAAGUGAGAAAUGCCCUGCACACAAAGGUGGAGAAAAUGCUGAUGAAACACAAGGGCCAAACAUGGUGAUCCAUGUAUGUGAUGAAGCAAAAAAUCUGAAGGAAGAUUUUGUUUGCCCACGGGAUCUAUUGAUUUCUGAAAUGAAGUACUUUGCUGAAUAUCUGUCAGUGGAUGCCCAACGCUGGGAAGAGGUGGACAUUUCAGUUCACUGUGACGUUCACAUCUUUAACUGGUUGAUAAGAUAUGUUAAAAGGAACACUAAGGAGUAUGAGGUGCAUGAAAUACCCACCUUAGAACCGAGCAAUGUCAUUUCAAUUCUCAUUUCUUCUGAAUUCCUAAAGAUGGAUUCGUUAGUGGAAAAAUGUGUUAAUUACUGCCACAAGAAUAUGAGUGCUAUCGUAGCUACACCAUGCAAUAUGAACUGCAUCAAUGCUAAUCUCCUAACUCGCAUAGCAGAUCUUUUCACACAUAAUGAACUGGAAGAGGUGAAGGACAAGAGGGAUAAAUUUAAGAGCAAGCUUUUCUGUAAGAAGAUAGAACGAUUAUUUGACCCAGAGUACCAGAAUCCGGAUUCUCAAGGAAGUGCUGCAACUCUCUACAGGUGCUGUUUAUGUAAAAAACUUCUUAUUAAGGACACCGAAAGAAGAAUAACAUGUGUUCCUGGAAAGAUUAAUGUAGAUCAGCAUGGAAAUAUUAUCUAUGUCCACAUAAGAGAUAAAUCUUGGGAUGUCCAUGAGUACUUACUGAGUCUUUUUGAAGAAUUAAAAUCUUGGAGAGAUGUAUACUGGCGCCUUUGGGGAACCGUCAAUUGGCUGACAUGUUCACGAUGUAAUCAAACUUUCCUAUGCACUGAAUUCUCACAUUGCCAAUAUCACCCUCAACCGGUGCUCUACCCUGGCAUAGCAAGUUCUCUGGGUUCCACUGGCACUGGAAUAUAUCCCUGUUGUAAUCAGAAGGUUCUCAGAUUUGAUCCUGCACCUGUUCCAAAAGGAUGUAAAGUAAGGGACCACAUGAUUGGCUUACCUGCUGGUGGUGAAGGUGGGGAUGCCAUGCCCUAUCAGACUGCUAAAAUACUGAAUGAUCUGACUCAACACAGGACUGUCAUUGUUGUGCCUUUUUCAAAAGACCCAAACAGUGAUUCUGGAAUUGGAUUGAAUGAUGAGAAGGGUGUUGAAUGUGAUGUGGUGUUGGAGCCAAAUUCACCAUGGGGCCCCAAAACAGGGGAGAUCAAUGCUUUCCUUUCUCUGAAGAACUGGACUCUUCAGCUGAAGCAACAGUUGCUGCUUUCAGAAGAUGAGGAGUACACUACUGGCUCUGAGGUCACAGAGGAUGAAGUAGGUGAUGAAGAAGAAGUGUACAAGAAAACAGCAGGAAGAAAGGAGAGACCAAAGAAAUUUAUCAAACAUCCAAAGAAGCAAAUGUCUUCACCCAGUGUCCAAAAGAAGGAUAAAACAUUGGAGAAGUCUAACUCUCGAGAUGCCUCUCCUUUUAUUGUGAGCGUGCAGCAGAAUAAGUGGGAUGCUUCCAGAUCACUACGAUUCAACCAAGAUGCUCAACGAGAAGAAGAUCAACGGAGGAUGGUUGAGAUAACAGGCCACUUAAUAAAAAUGAGGCUGGGAGAACUUGACCGAACAAGAUCAAAGGAAAAUAAAGAAUCUGCAGCUGGAAUUUAUGCCAGGCUUGAAGCUCAGAUCAGGGCAGCAGCCCAAGUGAACACUCGGCAGAACAUCCCAGAAAAAAAUGCAAGGAUUAAAACACGCUUUGGCCAAGGCCGCCCGACAUAAACACAAAUGCACUGAAAUCUCACAAACAGAAGCCAAAGCACUUUUCUGCCUCCUGUGACCACGCUGGACUCCAGAACCUGGGCACACUUCUUCCUGAAGCUUCUACAGGACUUAUUUAUUACUGUUAUGCCUUGUAAAUUAUUGUUUUAUUAAGCAAAUACAGGACUUUUCUGUUAUGUUUACGUUUGUAAAUACACCAUUUCUUAUUAAAUGAAAUGUAUUUCUUUCUCUGUGCAGUGGUCUUUAUGUAAAUGUGAAAAUAAACCCCUCAUGUUAUUGAGAAGGUGGGAACAGUGGUGCUAACAGCAUGGUGAAUUUCAUAUUUGCAUGCUACUGGAUGUAAAGGUUGGGGCUUGAUUCCCAAUUCUUUCUACUGUCUGCCUGGUUUGGACUGUACUGUGCUACAUUGCUUAGGACAGAUCUUGCUCAUGCUGGUUUGUAUAAACCUAGGUUUAUGUUUACACCUAAUCUGACAGCUACUGUCUCUUCCUUUUCUUUCUUGGGUGAGAGCAUCUAGUUUGUGAGGAUAACCAACUUCACCCACUUAUCCUGUUUCUGCUAUAGCUUUAGCAAUGAGUGUCACCCUCUGUACAGACUACAGUGAUGUUGCCACAUCCAGGGAAGUCGGGAGAAAUUUGUAUGCUUAAGAGGAGUUUCCUCACUUUUUACUCUUGAUACUAAUGCAAGUAACCUAGUUGCUGAAAGAUUGAGCAUGGCAGAAUAUGGCACCCUUUGCAGUCCUUA